AUGACAACAACCACGACCACAACGUCGGCCAUUCCCUCUUCUUUUCAACAACACCUUGCUACAGAUGUACCACAACCUCGCGACUCGACCCAUCAUGACAACCACUACACGCAACAGCAUGCUCGAAAUCAACGCUCUCACUCUGUCAAUGCGUUGCCUAGCGAUUUGCAGCAGCAACAACACGAGCAGAAACAACGACUAAGCUCGCACGAAGAAGAACAACCUCAUCAACCAUGGUGGCAGUAUUACUAUCAACUCUAUCAUUAUCAUCCUCCUCAAGGUCGGAAGCCAACCGUAUUUGGACCUUAUCUCUUGUUACAGACAUUGGGUGAAGGCGAGUUUGGCAAGGUUAAAUUAGCUGUUCACAUCAAAACAGGUCAGGAGGUGGCCAUCAAGUUGAUUAAAAAGGACAACCUUGAUUCCUCCACGAGAAUGAUAAAAGUUGAGCGGGAGAUCUCCGUGUUGAGAAAAGUGCGGCACCCUUACAUUGUCAAACUAUACGACGUUAUUGAAACCGAACGCUAUAUUGGCAUCAUCCUCCAAUGUGCUUCAGGAGGAGAGCUCUUCGAAUACAUUCUAGCACACCGCUAUCUCAAGGAGAAGGACGCUAGCCGAUUGUUUGCACAGCUGAUCAGUGGUGUCCAUUAUAUGCACCAAAAACAUAUUGUUCACCGAGAUCUCAAGUUGGAAAACUUGCUUUUGGACCGAGACCGCUGCAUUGUUAUCACCGAUUUUGGAUUUGCAAACCAGUUUUCAUCAGCCAAGGAUGAUCUCAUGUCCACUUCUUGUGGCUCACCAUGUUAUGCUGCUCCUGAACUUGUCAUUAGUGAGGGAAUGUACGUGGGUUCAGCUGUCGACAUUUGGUCUUGUGGUGUCAUUUUAUAUGCUAUGUUGUGUGGAUAUCUACCCUUUGACGACGACCCUGCCAACCCAGAUGGCGACAACAUCAACUUGCUUUACAAGUACAUUCUCAACACCGAGCUUGCAUUUCCCGAUUAUGUCAGCUCCGAGGCGCGUGAUCUACUGCAAAAGAUGCUUGUGCCCAAUCCAGCUAAUCGAUGUACCAUGGAUACAAUCAUGCAGCACCCAUGGCUGAGUCAAUAUCGUUCGCUCUUUGAAAAGUCGAUCAAGGAAUUAGAAAUCGAAGCCAUUGAUGCAGCUGAUCUUCCAAUGCCAGUGGUCCCUGAUGAUAGCCCAGAGCCUUCCACAUCCCUUGUUGAUUCAAAGAACCAGGAACCAGAACAACAGGACAACAAUGAUGCGGAUGAUACAAUGAACGAAGAUGUUCCAGCAGAGGAUAAUGAACAACAAAAUGUGGACGAUGUUCCUGCUACACCAUUACCUGAAUCUCGCAAUGAUACCCUUGAGAACAAUGAAAAGGAAGAUGCGCAAUAUGAAGAGCCAACAACAACAACUUCGGCUAAUGUACAAGAAAAGGACGACAAAGAUGAUGAUGAUGAUGAUGAUGAACCUAUGAGAGAACGACAUGGCGUCAGCCUAGACCUACCAUCAACAGCACGUCGAACAGAGGACAUUCGAUUAUCUCAACAAUUGCCACGACCCACACGUACUACCAGCAAACGUGUCCAUCAAAGAGGAACCGAAAUGUUAAAGAGCUUCUUGUCAAGGAAUGCUUCCAGCAAUGGCAAUAGUUACCGUACUUCGAUCACAGCAACACCACCUGAUCACCAUCCACAACAACGACCCACUUCACUUAUUCCCGGUCAAUCCAUUUUACAUUCAAAGCUUUUAUCGAGCUUACAACGCCAACAGCAACAACAACAGCAUCUUCAAAAUACAACGGCCCAAAUCGAUUCACGAUUGGCAUAUAUUAGCAGCACUCAGCGAUCAACUUCUACAGGCAUCGCAUACCCUGAUCAACCACCAACAGAACCUACAUCACCUAAACCUACUUCGUAUCCAUCAUCUCGCGGCACACGUCGAAAAGCACUUUCAUUAUUGGUGAAUCCCCUUUCAUCAGAGAAUGGAAAACCUAAUCGAUCACUUUCUCGUCGUGGAAGACCUACAUUCUCGAGACCAGCAUCGCAACAAAAGACACCCACACCUUCAGCAUCAGAACAAUUAUCACCAAGCUCUAGCAAAAAGAGUGCAGGCAAAAAGUUUAUGGAAUGGUUUAAAAAGACACCCCUGAGUACGCAUCCCCAUCGAUCAUCGGCCAAUUAUACUACAACUCGAUUCAACGAUGCACGAUUACGGACUUAUCAUGGUGCUGUUGAUCAAAAUGCUCUCACUUCAGCCUCACCGCCACAACUCGUCAUGGAAAUGAAGCACAUCCUUAUUGCCAUUGGUAUCGACGUGAAGCAAGAUGGUGAAUACAAGCUGAAAUGUGUGCGUCGACAACGACAUCAGCCAAUGCCUGAUAAUCCAUCUCGUUCCACAACGUCCAAACCCAAUCAUCCAAAUGACAUCAAAAAGCGACGCAUGAGUAUCAACAACUCCCAGAAUGCAUCUACCACACGACUACGUAUGCUCUUGAGACGUCAUCCUCCCCUUCACAGCGGCAGCACACCACCAGCAGUAGCGGCAGACCUACCUGCAUCCAACAAUAACAACAGCAACAAUCAUGAUCCUGCUGGUGCGAGUGCCAUUCUUUAUGGUGACCCUGUGGUGGAUCCUGGUGAGGAGGUGCGAUUCAGCAUGGAAGUAUGCAAGAUCAAAAACCUUCCAGGACUCUAUAUUGUUGAUAUUCGACGUAUGCGAGGUAAUGUGUGGUCAUACAAGUUUUUGUACCAUGCUGUGCUUGGCGCAUUGGAUCUUGGAAGAAAAGGCGGAGGCUACAUGGCUGUUUCAACACCCACAGAUCCUAAUGCCAUGGACACUCUACAACAACAACAUCAUCAUCAGCAACGUUCUAGCAUUGUGAGCAGCAGUAACAAUAGCAGCAGUGUCAUUGAUGAAGGAGCCGUCUCCAUGAUCAAAGAGUAG